AUGCAGGUACAAAUAUCCUUUCUGCUGCUGCUUUCUCUGAACAUUGUCCAUGGCGGUGACGGGUUUUUUUCUGAACGAUACCAAAAACAAGCCAGCAUGAAGGGGCCACAUUUCUUACCAUUUAACGUAAAAAGUCAAGGUUUACAGGGAAGGGGAGAACAAGGACCUCCUGGUCUACCAGGUCCUGCUGGCCCAAGAGGACAACCAGGCCCAGCAGGGCCACCAGGCUAUGGAAAUCCAGGUCCUCAAGGUCCACCAGGGCCCCCAGGCCCACCCGGAUUUUCUGCUGCUGGAAAGCCAGGCUUACCAGGUUUACCAGGAAAACCAGGGGAGAGAGGAUUAAAUGGUGAAAAAGGAGAUAUUGGACCUGCUGGUCUCCCAGGAUCAAGAGGGCCACAGGGGCCUCCUGGAAUUCCUGGUCCUGCUGGAAUCUCUGUUGCUGGCAAGACAGGAGAACAAGGGCCACCAGGAGCACAAGGGCCCCGGGGUGUCCCCGGAGAAAAGGGUGAGGCAGGUAUUCCUGGUAUAAACGGACUAAAGGGAGAAAAUGGAUAUGGAGUUCCAGGUCGCCCAGGAGACAGAGGGCUCCCAGGCCCCCAAGGCCCCCCAGGACCCCCUGGACUUGCUGGGAUAGGGAAGCCUGGUGAAAAUGGGUUUCCAGGUCAGCCAGGUGUGAAAGGUGAUCGGGGUUUACCAGGUGCACCAGGACCAGCAGGCAUCCCAGGUUCCCAAGGUCUUCCUGGGGAACCUGGAGCAGCAGGAAUCGGAAAGCCUGGAGCAAAUGGACCACCAGGAUUACCAGGGAUUCCUGGAGCUAAAGGACUGCCUGGACCCCCGGGCAUGCCUGGAUCCCCAGGUCUUCCAGGGUUUGGAAAGCCAGGUUUGCCAGGGAUGAAAGGACAUAGAGGACCUGAAGGCCUUCCCGGUGUUCCAGGAAUCAAAGGAGAUGAAGGCCCAGCUGGAGUUCCAGGAGAACCAGGGCCAUCUGGACCACCUGGAAAUAUGGGUCCUCAAGGACUUAGAGGAAUACCAGGUGAAAACGGCCUACCUGGGCCUAAAGGUGAAGCAGGACCUGCAGGCCUUGCAGGAUACCCAGGAGCUAAAGGUGACAGAGGCCUACCAGGAUUAGAGGGAAAACCAGGAUAUCCAGGGGAGCAGGGUCUUGCUGGUCCUAAAGGACCUCCAGGUUUACCAGGCCCAAAAGGGGACAAUGGUCAUGCAGGGCCACCUGGCCUACCUGGUCCAAUGGGUGCACCAGGACUUAAAGGAGCACCAGGAUUUAAUGGUGAGCCAGGCCCAAGAGGACCUUCUGGAAUACCUGGUAUAAGAGGUCCAAUUGGGCCACCAGGCAUUCCAGGUUUUCCAGGCACUAAAGGGGAGCCAGGGGCACCAGGAUUACCAGGUCCAGCUGGCAUUGCUACAAAAGGUUUAAAUGGACCCAUGGGGCCACCUGGGCUCCCAGGCCCAAGAGGCAACAAUGGAGAGCCUGGGUUACCAGGCCCUCCGGGUCCACCUGGUCCUCCUGGGCAAGCAAUACUCCCACAGAUGCCAGAUGGUUAUAUAAAAGCAGGAGAGAGUCAAGGCCUCACAGGAAUGCCUCUUAUGAAAGCAGGAGUAAAUCAAGGUCUAACUGGAAUGCCAGUGUCAGCUUUCUCUGCCAUUCUCUCCAAAGCCUACCCUGGGGCCACUGUGCCCAUCAAAUUUGAUAAAAUCUUGUACAACAGACAGCAACAUUAUGACUCCAGAACAGGAAUCUUCACAUGUAGGAUCCCAGGACUUUACUAUUUUUCUUACCAUGUACAUGUAAAAGGAACAAAUGUUUGGGUCGCACUCUACAAAAAUGGCUCACCAAUCAUGUACACUUAUGAUGAGUACAAGAAAGGAUACCUUGACCAAGCUUCUGGAAGUGCUGUCAUUGAUCUCAUGGAAAACGAUCAAGUCUGGUUGCAGUUGCCCAAUGCAGAAUCUAAUGGCUUGUAUUCCUCUGAUUACGUUCACUCCUCUUUCUCAGGAUUCUUGUUUGCUCAUAUGUGA